AUGGAACAGAUAUCCAGUAAAGUUCAACUAUUGCUAACCAAGUAUGAAUGGAAACUACUCAAGAGUGCCAUCUAUAUAUUCAUUAUAUCAUGUUCAAUUAUUCAAAUAUCCCUGUCUUCUCAGUCCCUCAUUAUGUUGGUCAACAAUACCAGUGCUCAGCUUCUGACCUUCCUCCUGACGGGUAUCCCAGGCUUGAGAGCAGUCCAGGCCUGGAUCUCCAUCCCUUUUUGUCUCCUGUAUGUCAUCGCCCUGUCUGGGAACAGCAUGAUCCUCUUUGUGGUCCUCUGUGAGCAGAGCCUCCACGAGACCAUGUAUUAUUUUCUCUCUAUGCUGUCAGCCACAGACCUGAGCUUGUCCCUCUGCACACUUUCCACUACCCUUGGUGUCUUCUGGUUUGAAGCUCGAGAGAUCAACUUAAAUGCUUGCAUUGCUCAGAUGUUCUUUCCCCAUACAUUUACUUUCAUGGAGUCUGGGGUUCUGCUGGCCAUGGCCUUUGAUCGUUUUGUAGCCAUCUGUGACCCACUGAGAUACACCAUCAUCCUCACCAAUGCCAGGAUUGCCCAGAUCGGGGUGAGCAUGUUGAUAAGGAAUGUUGCUGUCAUGUUGCCCGUUGUGCUUUUUGUCAGGAGGUUGUCCUUUUGCAGUUCUGUGGUCCUUUCACAUUCUUACUGCUACCAUGUUGAUCUCAUCCAGCUCUCAUGCACAGACAACAGAAUCAACAGCAUCCUUGGCCUGUUUGCACUCUUCUCCACGACAGGAUUUGACUGCCCUUGCAUCUUGCUUUCCUAUGUCCUGAUCAUCCGGUCUGUCCUCAACAUGACUUCCUGAGAGGGGCGGUGGAAAGCCUUCAACACCUGCAUAUCCCACAUCAGUGCUGUUGCCAUCUUCUACAUUCCUCUCAUCAGCUUGUCACUUGUUCAUCGCUAUGGACAUUCAGCACCUCCAUUUGUCCACACCAUCAUGGCUAAUAUCUUCCUGCUCAUCCCUCCAGUGCUCAACCCUAUCAUCUACAGUGUGAAGACUAAGCAGAUUAGAAAGGCUAUUGUUAAAGUCUUAAUUCAGAAGCAGCUGCAAAUCUAA